UUUACUUUUCGAAUUUACUUAAUAAUAUAAUAUUAUUUAUUUAUAUUUAUAGUCGUCGAAUUGGAAGUAUAUCUAUUCUUUUUCAUUCCUAAAAAUGAACUUUAUAUUUAUUCUGGCAAUAUUUGUACAGGUAUCUGGUAAACCGAGCAAGGCUCCUGGUCGUGGAGAUUUAAGGGUGUAUAAAGGACGAAACGACACGAACAACGAAUUUCCGUUCGCUGUGUCUCUGCAAAAGAAGAACCCUCCAGUCAGAUUUUGUACUGGUAGCCUCAUAGCGGAAAACUGGGUCCUGACAGCAGCCCACUGCGUCUGCCAGGAAGGCUGGUCACCGAAUGAUAUAGUCAUCAGAUAUGGUGAAUACACGAAGCCGGCAAACGAAACCACGAUGUACUCAAACGUGAUCAAAAUAUUCGUCCACCCUUCCGCCCUCGCCAUUAUUAAGCGACAUGAUAUAGCGCUAAUAUUAACUGAAAAAAUACCCAGUCAAAAUUUUGCGAAACUGCUUGCGAUCGAUUAUGGGACUUUUGUCGGACUGCCUGUUAAAUACGCUGGUUUUGGACUUAUAACCAAGCAGGUAUUUGUUAAGGAUAACAAAUUAAUAAGAAAAUUAACUUCUCUUCAAAUUGGCGAAGGUAUUGUAACUCCUUGUACGAGUAUAUAUACCGGCUUGCUCUGUAUAGCGCCAAUGUGCUCGAACAAAAGACAGCAAGCCCGCCCGGGGGACUCUGGAGGGCCGCUGGUGUAUGACGGCCGAGUCAUUGGAGUAGCUAAAAGCAUUUCAUUGGAUGAUUCCAUUACACGAUAUACCCCUGUAAGCCCAUAUUUACAAUGGAUUCAAAACGUUCAUGGAGGCAACACAAUAAGUGAUUAUCAUAACGACUGUUCAUUUGACUAAGCGGACACCAAAGGUAUAAAUUAGCUAUCGUUUUUAGGGUUCCGUCACAGAUUAAUAAUAAGGUACUAACGUAAGUUUCGUGCUAAAAAGGUACAAAAAACCCUUAUUUGGACGGUUUGUCCGACUGUUAAUUUGUAAUGUAAUUCUAGAAUCGGAUUAUUUAGAUUAAUAUAAAAAGCGUAAUCUUAGAAACAUAUUAACUAUAAUGUAAAUAAAGUAUAAUGUGACAACAUUGUUAUUAAACUUUUACCCGAUUGUGUCGC